AUGGUCGUCACCAUUGGUAUCGGUCUGCUGUCCAAUAGAGAAACUUCCGAAGCCACCACGUUGCGGCUUUGGGAAACUGAUUUACUAUUAGGUGGUCAACGAGCUUUCUUAAGUGAGUUUCCUUGGACCGCCAUAGUUGAAUAUCGGCAAAAUACAAGCAACGAGACAGGAUACCACUGCGGAGGCACGUUGAUUAAUUCGAGAUACGUACUAACCGCGGCACACUGUGUCCAGCCAAGAUCCGGUCACGAUUGGGAAGCAGUCGGUGUUCGUCUGGGUGAGCACGACCUCAAUACAGCUCUGGAUUGUGAGUUCGAACAGUGCGAGGAACCUCCCGUAACCGUGGGCAUCGAAAAAAUCAUCGUUCACGACGGAUACAGCCCACAAAGUAAGGCCCAGCACGAUGACAUUGCGUUGAUUCGGCUCGACAGGGAUGUCGAGUACAGCGUAAAUGUUUCUCCUGUCUGUUUGCCCGUUGAAGAAUCUGAUCAAACUCGAAACAUUACCGGAGCAUGGGGCGUCAAAUCCGUCGGUUGGGGAAUCUCGGAAUCCGGUACCGUAAUGCACGAGAAAUUCAAAACCCAGUUGAGCAUCGUGGAUAGGAAAAGCUGCAUGGAAACGAUUGGAACGGAACUUCGGGAUACGCAGCUCUGUACGGAAGUCCGUAGGGAUCGUGAUGUGUGCGCGGCAGAUUCCGGCGGACUGCUGAUCCUCAGGAGUCGUUCAAUGGCCAUGUGCAACAUUCUGUACGGCAUUUCUAGCUUCGGGAAGGGUAGCCUUUGCGGAACGAAGGGAGAUCCGGCAGUGUUUACCGAUGUUACUAAGUACAUCGAGUGGAUCGAGAGAAAUAUUGAGAUUUAGGCUGUAGGGAACGGUAUGGAAAGUACACCUAACCAGUCGAGGUUACUACGAGUUACUCACCAGCUCUUGAGAUCUAAAACCAUUUUUCAACUCAAAGUAUGAGUGCCACAUAUUGCGGAUUUUUAGAA